AUGGAGCAAGGAGACGAGGCGUCGUCAGUGAACAAGGAGAGCCCAGAGCAGCAGCUUACCAGGGACGACGGCGCGACGUGGCUGAACCUCACGCUGGGCGCGAGCGAAUCGCCCUCGCCGGACGCCGCGGCGGUAGCCGCGGACGCGAGCUGCUCCGCCGAGUACGGGUCCGGGUCCGGGUCCGAGCCCGGCGCCAACAAGCCGUCCGCCGCCGCCCCGCACAAGGUGUUCUCCUGCAACUUCUGCCUGCGCAAGUUCUUCAGCUCGCAGGCGCUGGGCGGGCACCAGAACGCGCACAAGCGGGAGCGCAGCGCCGCCAAGCGGUCCUACCACGCGCAGCGGAUGAUCGUGGGCCUGCCGCUGCACGCGCACGCCGCGCUCAUGCACUCGCUCCGGGUCAACCCGGCCUCGUCGGCGAUCCACAAGGCGGCGGCGAGCCAGCAGGCGGCGCCGAUCAGAACGGCGGCGAGGUUCCUCGAGGACAGCGGCGUGGCCGCGGCCUGGGGCACGAUCGCCUGCGAGGAAGCGCCCAAUUCGGCGUGGCCUGGGAGCUUCAGGCUGAGAGCACAGCACACAGAGCAUGAGCAAGCGUCUGAACAGAGUAAGAUCGACUUGAACCUCAGGCUCUGA